AUGAUGUUCCAUAACCUUGUUACCGUGUUGAUGCUGGGUUCAGCGGCUUUUGCUGCGCAGUUGACGCAGGUACCAAACUAUGGAGGCAAUGCACGUGCAAAGCCACAGAUGUGGGUGUAUAAGCCAGACAACUUGAAGAGCGAUGCACUCGUCGUGGCGAUCCACUCUUGCCAGUCGUCUGCGCAGAAAUACUUCCAGAAUGCAAAGAUCCCAUGGAAGCAAGGCUCGGAUAGGAAGGGAUAUAUCACUGUGUGGCCGAGUUCGACGACGGAAUGCUGGGAUGUGUCCAGCAAAGCCUCGCUAUCCCAUGACGGCGGUGGAGACUCGAAUGCCAUUGCAAACAUGAUCAAGUACGCGAUUGCACAAUACAAGAUCGAUCCUGGGAGAGUGUUUGUUACGGGCGGGUCGUCGGGAGCGAUGAUGAGCAACGUCCUUGCGGCGACAUAUCCAGACCUGAUCACUGCCGUCUCGCUCUACUCGGGCGUGCCGGCCGGCUGCUUCGUUUCGUCCAGCGGCCAGGUUGCUGCUUGGAACAACACAUGCUCGGGCGGACAGAGCACAGCUACCGCUCAGAAGUGGGGCGAUGUUGUCCGAUCAAUGUAUCCGGGAUAUAAUGGCACCCGGCCUCGGAUGCAGUUCUGGCACGGUUCGACGGAUAGCACACUCUCGCCGAAUAACUACCGCGAGACGGUUAAGCAAUGGACCAACGUUUUCGGAGUGAGCGAGACGCCCACUUCGUCCAAGCCUGAUACGCCUGAGAGGAACUACCGCACGGAUGACUUUGGGCCGAAUGUGCAGGGCAUUUGGGCGCAGGGUGUUGGCCAUUCCGUUCCCUCGCAUUUGGACCAGUCGGAGGCUUGGUUCGGGUUGUAA